AAAACUGCGAGGAUCGGGUGAUGCGGUGGUAGCUGACGUCACACGGUUCGCUAGAGUUAUGCUAGCCUGAUGCUCUUUGUCGACGAUGGAUAGAGCAAACGACUCGCAAUGGCUUCCGGCGCUCGGCUUGGCGUUCCUGACAUACAACUCGGCCGCGGCGGUGUACCGCUCCGUCGACGACCCAUGGGCGGUCUCGUUUGUGGUCGUCGCCUACGUUGACCUGCUCCUCCUGUUCUGGUGCCUUCGCAAGUUCGAAAGGUCUACCGAGAGCAACCGGGGUGGGUUGAAGGCCGCCGUGUGGUUCCUUGCCACGCUGCUCACGGGCAUGUUCGCCCACAAGGUCGCCGCCAUCAUGCCCUGGCCCGUCGCUGCGAUCGUGUACUGCAUGGCGGCCGCAACCGCCGGUGGUGGGUUUUGGGCCUUCUUUAUCUACCGUGAGCCAGUUGAUCUGUCCAACGACGCCAAACCGUCCUCAAAUUACCGUGUGCCAGUUGAUCUGUCCGCCGACGCCAAACCAUCCUCGAAUUAGUGUGUUAAACGCACUAUGUAUCUCUUCUAUGUACACUUAAUAGCUUGCUAUUAUCGAAGUUUCCCAGCUACGUAUAUGAGCUUCA